GAUUGAUUAUGAAAUCUUAUCAUUUCGACCUCUAUGGUCAACCAUUUGGUUUCCAUAGACUGAAAUUCUUUGGUAAGAAGGAUUUUGAAUCACCAAUACUUGAAGCCAUUAUUACAAAAUUAGAUGUAUCUUCUGAUAAAAACUCACCAUUUGUUAACACUGACACUACCCAAAGUUUACAUAAUACUGAAAAAACUGCCACUGUUGAAACUACUACUGCUGUUGGUACUAUUGUUGUUGCUGCUGAAGGAUCUGACGCUACAGUUAAACAAUCUAAGCGUUUAAGAUUCAAGAAAUGGUUAGAAAAGGCCAAAUCCAAAGGUUUUAUUGUUGAUUUUUCAAAGAUUGCUGCUGUUGAUUCUAGUUCCAAUUCAAAUUUAGAUGAUUAUGUUUGUUCCUCUAAUGACACAAACACAAUUAAAGCUGCUUCCGAUAAUACCCCAAAUACAACUACCGCUGCUACUAAUUCAAGUAAACUUACUGAUACUACCCCCAAGAUUAUCACUGUUACUACUCCAUCUAUAUCUGUUACUCGUCCUCCUUUGGUUUCUGGCUCCAAGCGUGAAAAAGUGAAAGGAUGGUUUACAAAGAUCAUCUAUGGGAAUUUACAAACUGAUAGUGAAAAUGUUGCCUUAAAGGAACUGGUAGUUGAUGAUAAAGAUGCAAAUGAUGAAGUUAUCUUUGUUGAUUACUUUACUUGUUCCUCAACUGAUUUGAAAGAUGAUCAUUUUAAAACUGUUAGUCCUCCAGAAAUCCAUAUUUCCAAACGUCAUCAAUUAAAACAAUGGUUUAAAGGUUUCUUCAUCUACCCACAAGCUUCCAGUGAUGAUCAAAAUAUCCCAGACCCUGAUUUAGUUGAUGAACAUGAAAAUGUUGAUUUCAAGUCUUUUGAUUCUAUUUUCCUUCAUGGACCCCCAUCUUCUUGUUCAAAUGACGAUGCAAACUCUUUUAAGGUUAAGCCAUCUUUCCCCCUGAUUUUUUAUACCGCUGUUACGGAAUCUGCACCUUUGCUUUUUCAAAGAUUGAAGGAUUGGUUCAUCAGAUUAGUGUUUGGAAAAGGUAAAUCCCGUGAUGUGGAUUCUACGGAAGACAAUGAUUAUGCUGAUAAGGAUUCUGAUGAUGUUGACCUUGGUGUCGAAUCUGAAAUCUCACUUGAUGUUCAAGGACAGACCGUACUUGAAGAUAAUGGUGACAUUACUCCAAACAAUGACAAUACUAAUGAUAAUAUUUCCCCUGAUGCUGAAACUGAGGAUGAUGAUUUUGAAGAAAUAUGGGUGUAUUGCUUCGAACGUACUCUCCCGUAUAAAAAGCGAGUUCCUAAACGCAAAUGAAGGGGAAAUUAUAAACCAAAUCAAAAACUUGAACAUUUAAUGUUUAUUACUUAAUUGAAUUACAAAGACAAGUUUAAGCAAUUAGAAACUUAUGGACAGACCAAUUCUUCGUUUCCAAGAAGGAUCUAAUAACAUUGAAAUUGAACCCAUAAUGGUUCUAUUAUUACAUUUAACCCAAUUGAAAUUGACAAAUAUCCACACAUGAUUAAAGGUUUGAAUGAAUUCGUACCUAUUCCGAGGCCCCAUUUAGUUCCGACUAAAUCGCCUUCACUUCGUUGUCAGAUACUUCCACACUGACUUUGAAUGAAUUUGUACCCGAUUUCAAAGAAAUCCUUAAGUGCAAUAUUAUCAAAUAUUGCCUAAUUAAAUGUGGUUAAAACGAAUGAAUACGUACAUAUUUUGAGGUUCCAUUUAGUUCCAAAUACAAAGCUAAAUCCCCUUCACUUCUUCUUCAGAUAUUCCAUCCUGAUUUUGAAUGAAUCUGUACUUAUUCCGAGGAAUUUGUGAAUUUUAUCCCUAAACUUUCAAACGUUAAAGUUCAAUCACCUAAGUUAAUCGUGGUGAAAUUGUGAAUGAAUUCGUACCUGCUCCGAGGUCCGUUUAGUUUCUAGCUAAACCCCUUCAACUUCAUGGUCAGAAAAAAAAAUCUCCUGAUUAUGAACGAGUUUGUACCUAUUUCCAUAUGAAAGUUUGAGAUACUACACAAUCCUUAAAUUCAUUGUUAAAUUUCAAUAUGGUUAAUUGUUUCCGUUGUAAUAUUGUUUUCAAUGCUCAUACUAGUAUUUAUUUCCAGUAAUAAGUUAUAAUUGUCUUACAUUUUGUUUUUACAAUGACAAAUUAUGUCCUUGUUUGAUUUGGUAUUUUCCUUCUAUUUGUUGGUGUGAUGAUAUGUUUUCGUUUUGGUAUUUGAUGUUCGGCUUCAUUCUGGUUGUUUGGUCUCGGUAUCUUUGGUCAUUUUUGCUAUUUUUGGUAUAUGGUAGUUACAGUUUUUAAAUUUGAUAAAUUCUCUAAAUGUAACUGUAGUUGCGCCUGACUCAUGAGCGAAUUGUAUUGUAAUGAAAUUCCUUUUAGUGAUUGAAAACGUUCCAAGAAGAAGAUCAACUUAUUACUGCUUGCAUAUUGCUGACUAUAGCAAGUAGAAACAUCGGACCGGUGCUACCAGGUUACGUGAUGUUAAGCUUGGCUUUUAUUAAAAUAACCAGAUCCACAUGGCAAACUAAUAGCGGCGAUCAAAAAGAUAUGACGCAACAUGUUGCAAGCUCCAUGAAUUAAUAAUCAAUUUUAAGUUUUUGCCAUCAAAUCUACCGAUAUCGGUUGUAUUUGCCAUAGAUCUGACCACGUGACGUAUUUUAUUCCGAUCCCAGUCCCGGGACAAGU